AUGUCAUCUAUUGAUGCAAAACUCAACCCGCGCUCCCUUCCCACCGCCCUAAUCCUCGGCGCCUCCCGCGGCAUCGGCCGCCAACUCGCCAUUUCCCUCGCCACGGACCCCAAGACGGACACAAUCACAACUGUCGCGCACGAAAUCACCCUCCUAGGCGGCCACGCCCUCGCUUUAUCAUGCGAUGUCCGUGACACAGCCGCCGUCGAAGCCCUCGUGCACGAAACAGUGCGUCGACUGGGUAGAUUGGACGUCCUAAUCUACAACCCCGGCGCGAUCUGGUGGGCGUCCGUCGCCAACACGCCCCCGAAACGCUUCAACCUGAUGUGGGAGGUUAAUGUCAGGGGGUGUUAUGCUGCCGUUAGUGCUGCGCUGCCUUACUUGACUGCCAACAGUAUAGCCUCGAAUAAGAAGGGGGAGAAGGGGGACGGCAAGGGUUCAGGCAGGAUCAUCAUUAUCAGCCCGCCAAUCUACUCACGCUUCUUCCGCGGGAAGACGGCGUAUGCGAUGACCAAAGUCGGCAUGUCUGUCCUCGUCUCCGGCCUCGCGAUGGAUUUCGACCGUCUCCGCAACGAAGCGGAGCCUAGCACGGGGCAUGAUCUCGCAGUAACGGCCCUUUGGCCCGCCGCGUCGAUCGAAAGCGCAGCCACCGAGCGUGCCGUGAACUCGGACCAAGACGUGCGGAAGGAUUUACGGCAUCCGAAGAUCUUCGGGGAUGCGGUGCUGGAGAUAUUGAGGGCGCCAGUUGGGACAGUGAAUGGGAAGUUGUUGCUGGAUGAGGAUUUCUUGAGGGAGGAGUGUGGGUAUGGAGAUAGGGAGAUCGACGAAUAUGCGAUUGUCAAGGGAAGUAAGCCGAGGAGGAUCAUGCCGGCGAAGUUGCCGAGUUUGUUGGUGGAUGAGCAGGCAGAUGAGGGGAGGCGGAUGGACAGCUCAAAAUUGGGCAAGCCGGCAAAACUGUGA